UUACGCCAGAUCACACAACGAGCGCACCCUCUCGCGUCCAUUGCUUUCAUAAUAUUGUAGAGGACAUGUAAAAGGUCCGUGCUCCUCUGUCCUUACUUACCUCCAGAGUUUCGCCACGGUGCCGUAAACAGUUAAACAACACACGACUCUGUUUGUCCGUUAGUCAUGAUGUUUCACAGGAGUAAAAACCUAAAAUAUGUAUUGAGCCUGGUCCCAGGUAAACGUCGUCUUGGGACGUACAGGUUCCUACCUAUCUUCUUUUGCAUCGGAGGCGUCAUGGAGUGGAUCAUGAUCAACGUGAGGAUAGGAAAAGAGACUUUCUAUGAUGUCUACAGGAGAAAACGAUCAGAACGGGAGUACCAGCAGAAGAUAGCAGAUGGACUGAUAGCUCUUAAUGAGCCUGCAGCCAAGUGAAUGAUGAUCGGAUUUGAUGCGGACUUCACAUGUGUUGUUGAAAGACACAUUCUCAGACUCUUGCUCUCUUAUUUGUUUCAGACAAUCUGGAAUAAACUAAAAUUUGUUACUGGCUUACAACAACAACAACAACAACCGUAUCACAGUUAUAAAGAGUUAAGAGUGAAAGGCUGAAGGAGAAUUCUCUUCCAACAUGCAGGUUUUAUUGUUUAUAUGGUCGUUGGUUUAAGAAACAUUAGCAAUACAGCAGUGAUAAUACAAAUGGUUUGAGAUAAAUGCUGGAAAAAAAUCACAACAAAUGGUCUCAUUUCUUCACGAUAACCAUGUCCAGGUCUCAGUAUUUAUUUGACAGUGAGCCUGCCGAUCUGCUAAGUUGAAAACAUUGCAUAGCACCUGCCAAGACAGAACUGUCUCAGCCAAAUUGUAACUAAAGAAAAAAUACAAAAUGAGCCUUUGUAUUUAUAGACAUAAAUUUUGCACAGAUGUGUCUCAAUCUGGCAGAUAGCGCUGAUAAGAAACAAAAAACACAAGCUCUUUCUUCCACUUGUUCAAAUCUGUUCUAUAAUUAUAUGAUUUCUUUCUAAUUAUAAAAAAAAA